AUGGAGAUAAAGCGGCUACUCAUUGCCAAUCGCGGCGAGAUUGCCUACCGCAUCCUGCGCACGGCAAAGCGCCUGGGUUAUUUUGUUGUCGCCAUCUAUACCCAGACAGACGUUUCCAGCCCUCACGUUCUUGACGCCGACUUGCCGUGUCUAGUCAAGUCCUAUGUGGAUAUCGACGAGAUAGUGGCAAUCGUCCGUCAACAAGCAAUACAUCUGGUCAUUCCAGGCUAUGGCUUCCUGUCGGAGAAUGAAGCAUUUGCUGCGGCGGUGGUAAAAGCAGGUGCCGCGUUUGUUGGCCCUGACCCGGAACACAUAGCAGCUUUUGGUAUCAAGCACCGGGCAAGAGAUCUUGCCGAAAAGGUCGGAGUACCCAUUUGCCCAGGUUCGGGCAUUUUGAACUCUGAGGAUGAAGCCGUCCUUGCCGCCACCAAGAUUGGAUAUCCAGUCAUGCUCAAGGCUACUGCUGGGGGUGGUGGAAUGGGCUUACAAAUAUGUGAGAACGAGGCUGAGGUGCGUUCAUCAUUCACCAGCGUGGUUAGUCGAGGCUCCACGCUGUUCUCCAACCCUGGGGUCUUUCUCGAGCGUUACUACGCGGUCUCGAGGCAUGUCGAGGUGCAGAUAUUUGGUGACGGCCAGGGCCGCUGCGUGGUGUUUGGAGAGCGUGAAUGCUCCAUCCAGAGAAGACACCAAAAGGUCAUCGAAGAGUCUCCAAGUCCUUUUGUUGAGAUGCGUCCAGCACUUAGAAAGAGGCUCUUCGAAGUUUCAGAAUUGCUCGGCCAGUCUAUUAAGUACCGCUCUGCAGGAACCAUAGAGUUCCUGGUAGACGACGCAACUGCAGACUUCUUCUUCCUGGAGAUGAACACUCGUCUCCAGGUUGAGCAUGGCAUCACAGAGCUGCGUUUUGACAUUGAUCUUGUCGAGUUGAUGCUACGACUAGCAGAGGGUACUCUAAACAUAUCUGAGUAUAUGUUGCUAGAGCCUCGCGGCACCGCAAUAGAAGCUCGCGUGUACGCGGAGAACCCACUCAAGAACCAUAUGCCUAGCCCUGGUGUCUUACAGCAUGCCUACUUUGCAGAAGGGCCUGGAGUCCGUGUCGACACAUGGGUCAGAACGGGAACAAAUGUUUCUUUGGCUUACGACCCACUACUCGCCAAGGUCAUGGGCUACGGAGCGACGAGAGAAGAAGCGACUACAACAAUCGUCGGUGCUCUCCGAGACACCAAGUUGCAGGGAAUCGUCACCAAUCUAAGCCUCCUCUUCAGGAUCCUCACGUCCCAGGAUUUCCGGGAUGGCAACACGACAACAGGGUUUUUGACAGACUUUGACCACACGCCGCGCUCUAUGGAAAUUCUCACAGCCGGGAGUUACACCACCAUUCAGUCCUGGCCCGGUCGAGUUGGAGUCGGUUUUGGAAUACCGGAAGGCGGCCCUAUGGAUCCGCUACAUGCACAACUAGCCAACUGCAUUGUGGGCAAUGACCGAGGCUGCGAGUUGCUUGAAAUCACCUUUACCGGACCCAAAAUCAGGUUCCACAGUCGAGCAAUUGUUUGCUUGACUGGCGCUGGGGCACACGGCAUGGAACUGGACGGCGUUCCAAUCCCAAUGUGCACCUCUCUUGAAGCCCCUGCGGGAUCUGUGCUGGCUGUGGGAUCGCUAUCUGGUGGCAGCCGUGCCUAUCUCGCAAUUCGGGGUGGCUUGCCAAGCAUACCCUACUAUUUGGGCUCCAAGGCCACCAGUCCUGUCGCCGACAUUGGUGGCCUCCAGGGUCGGGCUCUUGUAGCGGGAGAUUUGCUUGAGCUCCCUGAGGCCGGUUCUUUUCGAGCCUUCUCUCUGCCCUCAUCUCUGAUACCGGAGUGGGAUCCUCACGUCAUUCACUGCCUCUCAGGGCCCCACGAUUCGCCGGACAUUAUACUAUCCGAGGCUUUACCUGCUCUAUGCGAGAGCGAGUGGACUGUGUCACAUCAGGCGUCUCGUGUCGGAAUCCGUCUGCACGGACCGCAGCCUCAAUGGGCCCGAACCACCGGCGGCGAGGGAGGCUCGCACCCCAGCAACUAUCUGGAUUAUCCUUACUCUAUCGGAGCACUCAAUUGGACCGGUGAUAGCGCCGUCAUCUUCCCAGCUGAUGCCCCAUCAUUAGGCGGCUUCAUCAGCUCCCAUGUUGUCGCUCGCGCGGAGAUGUUCAAGGUUGCUCAACUCCGGCCAGGGGACAAGUUCCGGCUCUCUCCUAUCUCGGUUGAUGCAGCAAUGGACUUGCGGAGGAGGCAAGAAGCGUUCCUUGAGACCAUUAGAAAACUCGUCGCCAGUGGGAACUCAACAUUUUCAGCCAUUUCCCCACUGUCACUCGCAGUCCCCAAUAGUUUGUCGUGCUCGAAAUCCACAGCAAUAUUGGAGAGAUGCGAAGACAUCACGAUCCGUCAAGCCGGAGACUCGUACAUCUUAGUUGAGUUUCAUCAGUCGCUGGAUCUCGACACACGUUGUCGAGUGCAGAGUGUUUUGGAAGCCAUAGAGGAGGCUCAUAUCAACGGCGUGAGACUGGCAACGCCGAUAGGCUGCAGUCUGCUUAUUGACUAUGAAGGCUUUGAAAUCUCACAAAUGGAGCUUGUUCUCAAAGUCAAGGACAUCUUGGUUGCACAGUUCGCCACUCAGAUUUCACAGUCAACGAUGCUGAAUAGCCGUCUCAUCAAGCUGCCUAUGGUCUUUGAUGACAAGGUGAACAAAGCUGCCAUCGAAAGGUACAUGGCAACGCAAAGGAAGUAUGCCUCGUAUCUGCCAGACCCUGUCGAGUUCAUCGCUAGAUCGAACGGGCUUGACUCCAAGGAUGACGUGCGCAAGAAGGUCCUCAAUACCCGCAUCCUAGUGGUCGGGGUUGGCUUUUUCAACGGUACGCCGAUCGGUAUCCCGCUUGAUCCUCGGUCCCGCCUGAUUGUACCCAAAUUCAAUCCGUCCAGGACCUUCUCUCCAGAGGGUGGACUUGGGUUUGGCGGCUCGUUCUUUACCUGUGACCCCAUAGAUGCUCCAGGUGGCUAUGUCAAUUUUGGCCGUACACUACCUGGUUGGGAUAAGUAUUGCCUGAAUAAGGACUUCGGACAACGACCGUGGCUCUUCAACAAUUUUGACCAGCUCGAGUUCUAUGAAGUCACAGAGGAUGAGCUGGACAAGAUAUAUGCUCGCUUCAAGGCUGGCCGGUUCGACUUCGAUAUCAGCCCUGCCACAUUUGACGUCGAAGCAUACUCACGAUUCUGCGAGAGUGUCGCGGUGGAGACACAGACAUUCAAGGCAAAACAGCAACUGGCGACAGAGCGUGAGAUUGAGAGGGAAAACAAACUGUUGGCACAGUGGCAGGAAGAUCAAAAUGGCGAGAAGGACGAGGUUCAAGGGCUUGAUGACAUUGACGAUUCUCUCAAAGUGCAGGCUGAGACACACGCAAGCGUGUAUAAGAUCCCAGCACAGAAGGGAACGAAGGUGAAGGCCGGCGAUGUGCUCCUCGUCUUAGAGGCAAUGAAGAUGGAAAUCAAUCUGUUGGCAUCGGCAGAACACGAAGGAUCAGUGAUACGAAGUAUUGUUGUUGGGCCUAAUGAUGUAGUGAAGCCUGGCGACACUCUGAUAGUGUUAGCACAGGCAUGA